AUGUUUUUGCGGAAGCUGGAGCGCAGUGAUGGGACGGUUCUGGCGAUUCAGCAGCUGAGCUCCGGAGACGUAGGCUGCGUGGUGUGGGACGCCGCUAUCGUACUAUCCAAGUUCCUGGAGGGCGAGGAGUUUGUGGGCCCUGGAUUCCAUAAGCUGAGGGGGAGAUCGGUUCUGGAGCUGGGGUCUGGCACCGGCAUUGUAGGGAUCAUGGCGGCAACCCUCGGGGCAGACGUCACGUUGACGGAUCUUGAAGACUUGAAGGACUUGAUGAACGUGAACAUUGAAAGCAACAAGGAUCUAAUCACCGGUAGCUGCCGAGCGAAGGUACUAAAAUGGGGUGAGGAUGUCACAGAGUUCCUGCCUUCACCUAACUACAUUUUGAUGGCGGACUGCAUAUACUAUGAAGAGUCCUUGUGUCUGCUGCUGAAGACCCUUAAAGAUCUCUGUAGCCUGGAGACUUGUAUCCUGUGCUGUUACGAACAAAGAACCACUGGGAAAAACCCUGAAAUUGAAAGAAGAUUUUUUGAGCUGCUGGGGGUUGACUUUGAGUUUGAAGAAGUACCUUUGGAGAAACACGAUGCAGAGUACCAGAGUGAAGACAUUCAUAUCCUGAGAGUUUAUAAGAAAAAAUAGGCAUCACUAUCCACAAUCUGCCUCAUAUUUACACAUUUCACAGGAAAGAUAAUUACCUCUUAGAAAUAGCAUACUUUCCAAAUGGCGGUUUAGCUCUUGUUGCGCUGGUGUGUGUGCUCUGGUUUGAUGCAUACAUUGUCAGCCAUGCCUGCGUAUUGCACUGUUCAGAAUCUGCUCUAGUUUCUAACUGCACUACGAGAAACAAAAUAUAUGAUUCAAAUAAAAUCCUUGGAUUUUUAGAAGGGUAACAUGGAAACAAUUCUGUUUGGAUACAGGCCCCAGCCGCGUGGCCAGCUUUGACUGCUUGCCACCAUUAAGCACAAGCUGCAGCAGAUCCAGAUGCCUCCAACCUGGUCACAGCCAUUCACCGGUUUUAUGGCGAUGGAGAAAAUGUGACGUCCAGGACCAGCGAGCGAAGCCCUGGAAAAUGGUGCUGCUAGACAAGGAGCAAACUGGCACUGACUCUAUUGCUGGAAAAUAAUCUGUGGAUUAAGGCUGGAGCGCUUAUUCAGUUAAUGAAUGUGCUGUAACCAGCAAAUGUGUAAAUUAAAAUGUUAUUCAAACUUUUUUAUUCCCAGUUAAGUUCAAAAGAUUCAUUUUUUUAUUUUUUUUUAUUUUGCAAUAUAAAACGGUGAGAUCAAUAACGGCCGCCUUCUGUUCCCUUGCAAGCACGCUGUGUUUCGGAAAUAAAACGGAUUCUCUUUCAAUAAA